AUGAUGGAAAAUACCAACCCUUCAGAGGAGAAACAAUCCAAAAUGGAAGAAAUGGAUAAUUUGGAAAUUAUAAAUAUUAAUAAUAAUAAUAAUAUUGAAAAUAGUAAUAUAUUAAAUAAAGAUAAUAUUGAAUUAUCUAAAAAUAAUAAAAAUGGGUUUUUAAAAUUUAUUGGAAUUAUUAUAAUUAUUUUAAUUGCAAUAUCAAAUACAACAAGUGCAGAAUUAUCACAAUAUAUUAUAAUAAAUGAUUUCGAUUCAUCAUUUAUGAUAACAUGGUUUAAUGUAUCAUUUUCAGUUUUUUCAAUUUUAAUAGAAUUAAUUUUAUUAAAAAUUGAAUUAUUUAAAAAAGAAAAACAACAACAACAACAAUCAUCAGAUAAUAUUAAAAUUUCAUUUUUAAAUUACUAUAAAAGUAAAUUUGUAAGUAAUGAUAAUUCAAUUAAAUUAAAAAAAUUAUUUUCAAUUUCAAUUCCAAUGUCAAUUUUAUUUCUUUUUAUGAAUUGGAUUUGGUUAUAUGCAUUACCAUUAAUAGAUGUUAGUAUUUCAACAGCAUUAUAUCAAAGAAUUAGAUUUUUAAAAACAAUUUCAGUAAUAAUUUUUAUGGCAGGUAUUAUUGGAAUAACUUUAGGUACUACAUUAGGAACAAGUUCAGAAAUAAUUGAAAAUCAAAUAUUAUCAAAUAAAGUUAAAGGUUAUUUAUUAAUGAUUUUAUCAGCUAGUUUAUAUGGUUUAUAUGAAGUUUUAGUUUCAAAAAUAUUAGGUGACGUUAAUAGAACAAUCGUUCAUACAUAUUUAGCAUUUAUUGGAUUUAUUGGAUUUUUAAUUGGAAUUCCAAUAAUGGUAAUUUUCAAUUUUACAAAUUUUGAAUUAUUUAAAAUUCCACACCCAAAAUCAUUUGGUAUUAUUUUUUCAAAUACUGUUAUAAUUUUCUCAAUUAAUUAUUUAAUUAAUUGGGGUUUAUCAAUUACAUCAUCACCUUUAUUCGUUAGAGCCGGUGAAUUAAUGGCAAUACCAUUAACUUUAAUAUUUGAUAUAAUAAUUAAACAUAUGAAAUUACCAUUAGUCGCCAUACCAGGUUACAUUUUAAUUGUUAUUGGUUUUAUAUUAUCAAUUUAUAUUGAAUGUAAUCAUAUUAAAAAAAAAUAA